AUGGCACCUAAGCUUCACCUUAUCCGACAUGCCCAGGGCUACCAUAACCUCGGUCCGGAGUAUUGGAAUCUCAUCGAUCCUCUGCUCACCGACGAAGGGAAAAAGCAAUGUUCGGAAUUAAGCCAUAAAUUUCCUACUAAAGCAACGAUUGAUUUGAUUGUUACUUCACCCAUGCGACGUGCUAUAUACACUGGCAUAGAGGCAUUUGGUUCGAUUUUAGAAGGCAACCCGAAGAAGAACAUCAUCGCGCUUCCGAUCCUGCAGGAAGUGAGUGAUCUCCCCUGCGACACAGGGAGUGAAUUGAAGGAUCUGCUUGUCGAAAUCGAACAAAAAGACCUCCCGGUGGACUUAGGCUUUGUGGAAGAGAAUUGGUCGGGAAAAUCCGGGAAAUAUGAACCAACCUCUGAAAGAAUCCGGGAUCGUGCUCGCGAAGCAAGAUGCUGGUUGAAAGAACGACCGGAGUCGGAAAUUGUUGUCGUCAGUCAUGGUGGCUUCCUACAUUUCCUGACAGACGAUUGGGAAGACGGAAAUAAAUUUGAAGGAACUGGGUGGGCAAAUACUGAGCUCCGAACCUAUGAAUUCGUGCCGCAGAAAGAAGAUCCGGAAAAUAACGAUAAUGCUUCAAUCCAAGAAACUAUGGAAUCCCGUCAACGACGGGGUAAGUAUGACUCAAGGCCGACGCCUGAUUACCAAAAAGGAUUAUACACUGUGAUGCUACAAGCUUGGGAAGAGCAAGGCUGCCCCAUUGGCUAA